AUGGUGUCGGCCUCGCAACGACCGCGCACUCCAAGCGCCAGUGCAUCGCCAUCGCCAACGACCAAGGUGCCCCCCAUCCCAGAAACCGGAAAAGCACACCCUGCCCGUCGUUCCAGUCUCGGACUCCUCUUACGUCGGACCAAAUCGGGCGAGUUUAAGGGGAGCAAGAAGCAACAGGCGCUCGCAGCGCGAGAGGCAGAGCUUCAGCGGCAACGAGAGGCGGCGGCGGUCCCCAAGAGCCCACCGCGCCUCCCGGAUAUCUAUAAUCCUGCCCCGAUUCAAUCCUUCGGCGGCGGCGACGACCGUCCUGAUUCCGUUGCUAUCAUAUCUGGGAACGUGGGCGCAAACCAAGGCCGCGCAUCCAUGGAGCCAGGCCGCGGCUAUUCCAGCAAUGUGCCUAUCCCCCCGAUUCCGUCAGGUGGAGGUCGCAAUGGCGAUUGGGUAGAUCCAUAUGCUCGCACGGAGAGCAUGACCCAUCGUGGCCGAUACAGCUAUGCCAGCAGUGCUGUGAGCACCAUCAACAGCCCGCGGAGGGUUAGGAGACGGAAAGACCCGACGCCGUUCAAUAUCCUCAUUAUCGGAGCCCGCUCAUCCGGCAAGACGUCCUUCCUUAACUUCCUCAAGACCUCGCUCGCCCUGCCGCCAAAGAAGAGAGGCACCCGACCUCACGACGAUGACGUAUUCGCGCCCCAAGCCUCGGAGUCCGGGACCUUCAGCUCUCAAUAUUUAGAGACCGAGAUCGAUGGUGAGCGGAUUGGCCUGACACUGUGGGACUCGGAGGGCCUGGAGAAGAAUGUCGUUGACCUUCAACUGCGGGAGAUGUCCUCGUUCCUUGAGAGCAAGUUCGAAGAGACCUUCACCGAGGAGAUGAAGGUUGUGCGAGCCCCAGGCGUCCAAGACACACAUAUCCAUUGUGCGUUCCUCAUCCUUGAUCCCACACGCCUCGACCGCAAUAUCGCUGCUGCGAGGGAGAUUUCAUCGAAUGGGAACGGCACCAACGGUAAAUACGCAGCCGCUGGAGGUCUCGACGAAGGCCUAGAUCUGCAGGUUCUGCGCACAUUGCAGGGCAAGACGACUGUGGUGCCGGUGAUUUCCAAAGCCGACACGAUCACUACUACCCACAUGGCGUUCCUCAAGAAGACUGUCUGGGAUAGUCUCCGCAAGGCGAAUCUCGACCCCUUAGAGGCCCUGGGACUGGACGACUUCGAAGCAGAUAGUCAGACCAAUUCCAAUCGCAUCGACGAAGGCAAUGAAGACGAAGAUUCCACCCCCUCGGACGUCGAGGAUAAGCAACCCGAACCCGAACCUGCGAGUUCCUCCUCCCCCGACUCAAAACGCCAAUCCACCGGCUCAGUGCGCCGACACGCCGAAUCCCCCGAUUCUGGAGAAAUCCCAUACUUCCCCCUGUCAAUCAUUAGUCCCGAUAUUUACGAGCCCGGUGUCAUCGGCCGCAAAUUCCCUUGGGGUUUUGCAGAUCCUAUGAACGCAGAGCAUUGCGAUUUCCUGCGACUGAAGGACGCAGUGUUUAGUGAGUGGCGGGGGGAGUUGAGGGAGGCAAGUAGGGAGCUUUGGUACGAGGGAUGGAGGACUAGCAGGCUUAAACAUCGGGAUGUUGGCGGCAGGAGAUGA